AUGGAUAACGAGUUACAGGGCGAGCGUGAUCAUCAAGAUCAGGGAUCUCAAGCCGAAGAGUCGGAGCUGGACUUCGAAGUUGAAAAUUUGGUAUUAGAAGAGGAUCGUGGCAUAGAUUGGGAGUCAUGGUGGCAGAUCAUUGUACAUCGAAACCGAGGUGUUCAAGAAGCCGAGCCGCCUGAAUAUCCAGACGAAGCCUGGAGUUUAGAUGACAAGGAGGCCCCUUUCCCCUUUAACCUUAACGAAACAUGGUACUGCGCCGCGCUUUUAAUGCUGAUAAUUCUCGUACACUCCGAGUUAGAUACGGAAUGGUUGCUCCAACACGGAUAUCGGCGCUACCUCUUACGAAUAUCCUUUAGAAUAAUUCUCACGGUAGCUAUCUCUUUCCUCAGCACGUUGGCGUUCGAAAUUAUUGGCAACAUACUUGACCUGGCGAGGGAAGUCAUAAUCGACGUUAUAUCACUUCAGAUAAAAGCUUUGUUUGUGGAGCGCCUUGGUUGGGGACCUGUUGAUGACGAGGGUCGUGCCGACUGGGAAAAUGGUGUCCCAUUCUACCACGAUACGGCGUAUUUCCAUCAGCCUAUUAUUGAGAUGGUUAGUGGCAUUACUAUAUUGACUUUCCACUAUGUAGUUGCAGUAAAAAUGUCAUAUAUUCGACUAAUAGUAGGCUCCGCUGUUAUUGAGUUAACGAAACUAGUAUCAGUAGACCUAGCUAAGUUUAUUGCGGGCUUACCUUCUUAUUUCGCUCUGCCUAGGCCCGAGAUGAAUGAUUCAUUCGGCGCGAGGGCUUUGCUCUGGGAGUACGGAGUCCCGUCGUUUAUACAGGUGUGGACAGCGGCAUUCUUAUACUUGUCCGUCUUCCUAUUCAUGUCGAGAGCGGAAAAACCAAUCAUCCUAGGGCUAGGUGGUCAAGAUCCCUUUUCUAAACUUGCUUUCCAGCUUCUCCGGGCGACUGCUAUGCACCUGUUAGCAUACACGGCCUACCAAAUCGCCUGCAGUUGCGUGAUCGUUGCUCAAGCGCUUUUAUUCCGGUUUGGCAUAUAUAAUUUGUAUGAUUCCUCACUUGGUCAUAUAUUUAUGAAGAAGAUUAACAUAGAGCUGUGUUUGGGUUCUGGCUUAUGGAUUAUGGUUGCGCACUGGGUGGUUAAGAGCGCUUGUAGAUGGUUCGUCGCUAUCUGUUGGCCGUUAUGGGUUUCAUACAUCGCAUGGCUAUCGAUCAAGACCGAGCAGUCAACCUGGCAGAACUGGAUUGUAUAUGGAUCGCUGCUCGACAACGAUAUGAAUAUACUUGAUCCGGAUAAGAGAGUUGUCUCGAGGGCAAUGAUGACCACUUUGUGCGGCUUGAAGAGCUCGUGGCCGGCUAGAAUGAGACUAAGUACGGGCGACAACGUAGACUAG